CAGUACUUGUUAUAUAACAAGUAACGUUAUUUUCAUUACUUGUUAUCCCUAAACAAAAAAUAAAAAUAAUCACCAAAAUCUCUCCAUUAAAUCAUUACUUCUCUCUCACUAGCAUCCACCCAAAUCCAACCAAUGGACCACAAACCCCACUCACUAUUAAAUAAUACUCUCCCACAACCAUUUUAUCAAGCACUAAACUCCACUUGCAUUUAAUCCUCAAAAGCAUUUCAUCAAACAAUUGGCUUUCAAUUCUCAAAGCCAUUCAAUCAAACACAAUUUGCUUUCAAAUCAUUUAUGGCUGCAAUUCUCAGAAGCAUUUCAUCAAACACCAAAACAAAAAAUUGGCUUUUAAUCAAAAACCAUAUUUUGAAAUCUUAGAACCAUAAUAUAAAAAAGAAUACAUACCAUGCUUUAUGGCUGCAAUUCUCAGAAGCAUUUCAUCAAACACCAUGGCGGCGAUGCUGAAGCUCUUCAUCCUCCUCGUUCUCCAGCUGACAAUCUCCUGCAACACCGAGCCAUUCCCCAUCAACGUUUGGCCAAUCCCAACCUCCAUCUCCUGGCCAUCACCCAAGGCCGCCACCAUCUCCCCGGCGUUCCAAAUCUCCGCCCCUUACGCCCACAAGCACCUCCGCACCGCUGUGAAGCGCCACGCAAGCCUCCUCUUUUCCGAGGGCUACAAACCCAUCGUUCCCCCAUCUCUUCCCAUCUCCUCCACCCCUCUCCUCUCCCUCACACUCCACAUCACCGACAUCCUCGCCCUUCUCCAUCACGGCGUCGACGAAUCCUACUCCCUCACCAUCUCCUCCUCCAAUGGCGUCGCCAAUCUCUCCUCCACCACCGUCUGGGGUGCCAUCCACGGCCUCGAGUCCUUCUCCCAGCUCUCCUGGGGCAGCCCACCGUUGAUCGCCACCGAUCUCUACAUCAACGACCGACCUUUGUUCCCUCACCGUGGCCUCAUGCUCGACACCUCGAGGAACUUCUACCCCGUGGAGGACAUCAUGCGCACCAUCGCCACCAUGGGUGCGAACAAGCUCAAUGUUUUCCACUGGCACAUCACGGAUUCCCACUCCUUCCCGCUGGUGCUCCCGUCGGAACCCAACCUCGCCGCCGCCGGAUCGUACGGCGCCGACAUGCAGUACUCGCCGGAGGAUGUGAAGAAGAUCGUAGACUACGCGAUGAGUUAUGGCGUCCGUGUCGUGCCUGAGUUCGAUACCCCUGGGCACUCUCUCUCCUGGGCGGGAGCAUACCCGGAAAUAGUCACGUGCGCGAAUCAGUUCUGGCUCCCAAACGGGCCCUUCGACAGAGCCCACCGUCUCGGCUCGGGGCCCGGCACGGGCCAGCUCAACCCUCUCCACCCUCGUACGUACGAAGUCCUCCACAACGUCUUCAGCGAAAAUGGGGGUUUUGUGGGGAAUUAUAGUGCUUACGAUGCGAUCUCAGAGCAUACAUCAUGGUGUGGGCCGUUUAAGACUUGGGAGAGGAUCUAUGAUUAUGAUAUUGUGGAGGGGUUGAGGGAGAGAAAAGAAAAAAAAGGAGGUACUGAAAAAAGACAAUAAGGGUUGAAGAAAAG